AUGGCAAACACAAAAAAUGUUAAUCUCUCCCAAAAACCAAGAGUCGAUGCCAAAUGGUUAAGUUUAGUUCGAAAAUAUUCAACUGGUUCUAAUUCACACAAACCUCAACGAAGUCCUAUAAUUAAUUACACCGCGGCGCAAGCCGCUUUAGCUCAUUAUUUAUCUGGAUUAAUAGAAGGAGACGGUUAUAUAUCUAUUACAAAAGAAGAUAGAGUUAUACUAGGUAUCACUUUUAAUCUUAAAGAUAAACCUUUAGCUGAAAAACUAUUAAGUUAUUUAGGAAAAGGAUCUAUCGCCAAAAGAAAAACUAAUUGUAUAGAAUUAAGAUUUUCGCACAAACAAACUUUAUGUAAAAUCAUUGAACUUAUUAACGGAAAGUUUAGAACUCCUAAAAUAGAUCAAUUAUAUAAAUUAAUUGAUUGGAUGAAUAAAAAACAUUCUAUGAACAUAACUAAAUUACCUCUUAAUGAUAGUCCUAUCUUAAACGAUAGUUGGUUCUCAGGUUUUAUAGAUGCGGAUGGUAAUUUUUAUAUUAGAAAUUCUUUAAAACAAAUAAUUUGUAAAUUUAAUUUAGAACAAAGGAUGAUUUAUCCUAAAACCAAUGAAAAUUAUAAUUCAAUAUUAAACAAAAUUUGUUUAGCUUUAAAUGUCAAAUUACAUAUUAGAGAAAGAAUAAGUAAGAAAAAUUCUUAUUAUAUUAUUAGAGUUGAAAACCAAAAUGCUAUCAAAUUAUUAAUUGGUUAUUUAGAUGUUUAUCCUUUAUUAAGUAGCAAACAUUUAGAUUUUUUAAAUUGGAAAAUUGUUUUUAAUGAAAUAAUUAAUAAAAAUCAUAAGACCGUUGAAGGAAGAAAAUUAGUUUCUUUACAGAAAAGCCAAAUGAAUAAUAGUAGAACAUCUUUCAAUUGGGAGCAUUUAAAUAAUUUAUAA